CUUGAACAGAAUGCAACGUCCGGGCGAAACGCAAGAGGAACAUUCUUUCGAGCUGAUGACCAACGUAGAUGGAGCUCAUGUGUACACGAAUGCAGGUUCUGAAGGAAGUGCAAGCGAAAACCCAAAACCAGUAUUAAUGAGAACGACCACAGGAAAAAACGAUAACGAAAACGCCUCGAAAGAAGGACCCGUACAAGAUGUUGGUGGGGCUGUCUAUAGUGAAGUUACAGCAAAUAGCAACAGCGUCAUUACCCAAGGAGCAGAGGAAGCACUUGAAGGAUCGGAUACAGUGCUUGACUCACUAAAUGUCAUAACGCAGGCAAUGCAACAGCAAAUGAACUUGUUUCGUCGUAUGAUGUAUCUGAUGACUUUGUUUCUUGUGAUAAUUCUUUUGACUGCAGCAUUGAGCGUGGGCUUCAUAGUGAAGACAUCGAAACCUGAGAGAUGCCCGAGUCAGCCCUCCUUAUCUCCAGGCCAGUAGGGUAGUACAGCGUACCAUCGAUCUAAACUCUUGAAAUACGUCUUUCCUCUAAUAGUCACAGUUGAAGUUGAUCAAAGUUUUAGUUACGAAUGGUAAAGAGCAUUAAUAAUAGACCGUUUGCGAUAUAUAAAAAUUCGUACUUAAGCCCUAAGGCCUGGGAUAUAAAUUGCAAAGGAAAUGUAUUAUUCAUCCCUGAACCUCUUGGUGAUCUCUUUCGAUUUAUUCCCCCACGCCUGGGAGACAAGUAGGAAUUCUAAUCUAUCGUAAUUGGGCUAUACCCAACUGUUUCUCUGACCAACAAAAUUGCAAGGUCUUCAAAAAAUAGCCUGUUCAAAUAAACGAAAGGGAGGGAUUAAAAUAGCUAAAGUAGCAGUGGCGGAUCCAGGCGAGGGCCCCCCCCCCCCUUAUUUUUCGACCGAAAUGAGGCCCGAAGGGCUGAAAAAAAAUUUUGGAGACCCCACUUCCCUUAUCCCAGGGUCUGGAUGAACCCCCUAUAUCUGAAGAUCUGGAUCUGCUACUGAGUAUAGUAGCAGAAAGGCAGGACGGUUAACGAAUUUUGACAAAGAAAAUCAACGUCAAGGUUUCUCACACCUGAAGGAACCUAAGUAACAACACAGGUUUUUCUGUGUUCGUUAAGAGAUUGGUCAGUUAGAGUUCGGACUGCGGAACGUGUGAUAAUUCACCGAGCAUACUUUAUUUCACGUAAUUGUUUGUUUUUAAUUGAUGGAUUCAGAAACGAAAGAGAACCAAAGGAAAUAUUUCAAUUACUUUUACAGAUUAACCGUGAAACUUUUACUUGGUGUAAAAUUUCAUUUGCAAAUAAUUACUUCGAAGGCUAAAAUUUUACGCGCAUGUGCUUGUGCCAGUAUUUGCAGCGUAAGCAAAGAGUUCCGCCAGGAAAAGAAAAUGAAAAAGAAGCAUCACGCCCAAGGGGGUGAUUAACUCUCGGCAAGGUCAAAAGAUGAAACAUGUCGAAACACGAGAGAAAAACAUGUUUUAAUCGCUUGGAGAUUUCAUUCACCUUUUCAAAAAGCCAAACCACCACACACAGCAUGCACGGUCUGUUUUUCUACAAACGUGCAAGUAGCGAACUAGAGACAAAGAAAGUGGUACGUCACCGGGCUUGUGGUAAGCCUUAAAAGAGGCUGCAUAACGAGCCAAGCAAGGACGAACGCGGCAUUUCGCGCGAAGCGCGACACACACGCGAGACGAGGGGAGGAAAAAUUAAAGCGCCGCUUUAUUUUUUUCUCCUCCUCUCGUCUCGAGCGUGUCGUGCUUUGAGCGAAAUGCCGCGUUCACCUCGCUUGGCUCAAUUAAAGCGCUUAUUAUGCAGGCUAGCCUUGAACAAAUGCCUAAGUUCGAGGUCGUGUGGUCCCUUAGGAUAAAAGUGCAAUUUGAGCUCUUGCAUGCCUGUAGUCUCGGCUUCUUAGUAGAUUUCAUACACUAUUUAAUUAAUAAUAAAUGGUUAGAAGGAUUAUAGUUAAAGGGUGCUGUACAAGAUUAAUGUGUCGGUGAGAAAUAAAAAUCUUUCUGGAAAAUGAUCUUAAUUCAAAAUGACUUUCUCUUCAUGUAAGGUCCAUCAGAUGCUGGAUUUAGCAGAUACGCACGCGAGAUUAGAGAACUAAAAGACGCGCUUAAUAGUACUCGUCGUCAACUUGACGAUGUCAGAAGUGAACUCAAGAGGCAAAACAGUACAAUAGCUAAGGUAACGUCACAAGUAAAAUGUAAAAAUAUCGAGCAGGUCUAUUUUAAAAGACAAAAAGCUAUAAACUGCAUCUCAGCGCCAUUUUUCCAGUCAGUGUUUACUGAUUCAACUCCCCAAGCGUGUUUAGCACCUUAGAUCUUAAACAUGUUCGAAACAAACUUAUUUUCUUUUCUACUGUGUAUGAAAACGAGCAAACAGAGGGCUCACCCGUGUAUCCAGACGAAUUAUCCACUUCUAAAAGGUUGUUUUAGGCUAUUUUAGAAAGACCGGAAUUCAUCUCGGAAAUAUUCCAGAGCGAAAACCAACUGAAAAGCGUGUUCCAUCAACAAAAAUACAACAACAAUUUUCAUUUUGUUUCUUUUUUUGUUUUUUGACAAUGGUAAUUAACUCUUAUCUUACUUUAAUUAAAGUUUGGAAUUAGUAAUGGCACAGAGUCAUCCAAGCGCUCAGACAACGACGGAUUGAAAGGUGAGCCUGGACCUCCGGGACCACCGGGGCCAGCAGGACCUCCGGGACCUAGGGGUUUCAAUGGAACGCAAGGACCGAUGGGCCCUCCUGGACCACAAGGACAACAAGGACUUCAAGGAGCAACAGGGUCCACGGGUAUAAACGGCUCUCAAGGCCCACCUGGAAGGCCUGGUGCUGGCAAUUUAACUCUAUGCCAGUACAAAAAUAAGAAGGAAACAGCACAAACAGCUGGAAUCUCAGCAGAUGCUGUCGUCGUGCUCCGGGAAGAUGAACAUCCGGUAUGUGUAUCUUAAAAAAACCCAAGUAUCUGAUUGGUAAUGACGUAUGGAAACAUUUUGGAGGAAUUGUGUUUAUAAGUUCUUCUGAAGAGAUAUAUAACUUCGGUUUAUCAGGCGGGUUUUAAUUUUAUCGUGCUGUAUUAUCUCUCGAAUUGCUUUAGUACUGGUCCGCAAUAUUCCCCCGGUUGCAUUUUGCACGGUGAUGGAGCGAUGCUCGUAAAGCUUCCGGAACUUGUUCGAAAGAUAACCAUGGGAGUUUCAAAUUCCAACGGUAGGUUCACCAAAAAAUAAGUCAGACUAUUCUACCUACACAGGCAGUUCAAGUAGACAACAAUCUGCGAGGGGUGAUCGAUUUCUAAACGAAAAUAACAAACAAUUAAACCCUAAAACCAUAUCGUUAGGUUAAGGAUAUAAAAUUAUGUGCUACAUUGCAAAAUGGGUCGACAACUAUCAUCAUGCCCUGCAGUGCAGGCGUUUUUUGGCGGCGGGCGAAGGCUACUUGGAUGUGUGUGCUUGUUAAUUAAGAGUAUUGCUUAUUCAUUCGUUUCCUUUCUUGCAGGGAUGGAAAAUUAUGGCCGCAACAUGUUCAACAGUAAAAGGAGCAGAGUACAUUAUGAGGGACGCAGUGUUUGAUCCAGGAACAAAUAUACCGGUAUACAGCUGUCAUUGUAAAGGACAAGCGACACUCUUUGUUCUUGGUCCAGGGUAUAUGAAGUGCGUCAUACACUACUGGAUAUGCCCCAUUAUAAGUUAAGUACUAACUGGGGUUAUAGGAUGAGAAAGGAGGUAGCAAAUGUUACUGGGAAUAAAUAUACUUACAUAAAGUUGCCACUGUAAAGACCUGUAAAGGAGGCAUGCACGACUCUUUGUUAAUUAGUCCAGUCCUGGUUGUCAUAGGAACCGCAGUAUACUUGCAUUCAGUUGCCAGACUGUUGACUAGUGGCCAGCCAACAGUAUUGUGUGCGUUACUAGAUUUUCCCCGACUACUAGCAAAGACUUAGCUUAGACCAUAAAUAAUCAUAUCAAAAUUGAAUAAUGAGGAAUCAUUUAUAACUUUCCGUCAGGUUGAAAAAGCAGCACCUAACGGGUCAAAGAAACAUAGAUUGUGACUCAUCAGGCCACGGUGCAUUACUUUGA